CUUUCAGUCACCGAAACUCCUUCUGGACCAUGGGACGCGCGGUGCUUCCAGGACUACUCCUGAUCGUGUUUACCGUCACCGUAACGUCUUCCAUAGUCGACUUCGAGACGAAGAAUCAAAUGCAGGUGCAAGAUGGUGUACCGGGCGAGAAUGUUGACGGUACAUAUUUCUGGAUAUCACCGGAGAACUACGCCUUCCUGGUGAGGUACGUGGCCGACGAGAAGGGAUAUCGCGUCGUGGAGUCCAACGCCGUCCCCAUCAACGCAGACGGAGUCGCUGCCGACGGGUCGCAGGGAGCCAUGGAGGAUUCCUCGACUUCCUGACGAAGAGGAUGAGUCCUCCUUGGAUCCAGCCGCUGUACCUGAAAUGUCAUGGUGUUUUUAAUGCCUUCGUAGGCAGCGUUUAAAUAGUGGUUUUCUGUUAAGGGCCAUCGUAGGGAACUUUUGAACAGAUGCCGUCUGUUAAGGGCCUUCAUAGGGAACAUUUAAAUAGUUAUCGUCUGUUAAGGCCUACAUAGGGGACGUUUAAACAGUUGCCGUCUGUUAAUGGCCUUCAUACGGAACGUUUAAAUAGUUUAUUUCUGUUAAGGGCCUACAUAGGUAACGUUUAAAUAGUUAUCGUCUGUUAAGGGCCUACAUAGGAAACGUUUAAACAGUUGCCGUCUGUUAAUGGCCUACAUAGGGAACGUUUAAAUAGUUGUUUUCUGUUAAGGGCCUUCGCAGGAAACGUUUAAACAGUUGCCGUCUGCUAAUGGCCUACAUAGGGAACGUUUAAAUAGUUGUUUUCUGUUGAGAGCCUUCAUAUGGAACGUUUAAACAGUUACCGUCUGAUAAGGACUACAUAGGGAACGUUUAAAUAGCUGUUUUCUGUUAAGGGCCUACAUAGGGAACGUUUAAGUAGUCGUUUUCUGUUAAGGGCCUACAUAGGGAACGUUUAAAUAGUUGUUUUCUGUUAAGGGCCUUCAUAGGGAACGUUUAAACAGUUACCGUCUGUUAAGGACUAUAUGGGGAACGUUUAAAUAGCUGUUUUCUGUUAAGGGCCUUCGUAGGGAACGUUCAAAUAGUUUUUUACUGUUAAGAGCCUUCAUAUGGAACGUUUAAACAGUUACCGUCUGUUAAGGACUACAUAAGGAACAUUUAAAUAGCUGUUUUCUGUUAAGGGCCUACAUAGGGAACGUUUAAAUAGUCGUUUUCUGUUAAUGGCCUACAUAGGGGACGUUUAAAUAGUUGUUUUCUGUUAAGGGCCUACAUAGGGAACGUUUGAACAGUUGUCGUCUGUUAAAGGCCUUCACUGGGAACCUUUGAACAGUUGUCGUCCGUUAAAGUCCUUCAUAGGGAACCUUUGAACAGAUAUUUCAGUGACUAUUAUGGCAACGGUGCCGUAUGUAUAGUGCCUUCAAAGGCAACGUUCAGAUAUUUUAAUAUCUAUUGUCAAUGUUGUCGAACGUUAAAGGCCUCAACUGAAACGUUUCAGUAGUUUAUGUAUAAAAUGGAAACGUUGUCAUCUGUUAGGGGCCUUCGAGGAAAAAGUUUAGUUAGGUCAGUAUCUAUUGGUAAAUUUUUCAUAUUAUAAGGGUAUUGAUAGUUUAAUGCUCUUUAUGGUAGCAGUAUCUUGUGUUGGUUAUCUCAUACUUAAAAUAGAAACUUUUUUUUUUUUUUGUCAGGAGCCUUCAGGGAAAAGUUUGUAUAGCUAUUACUUAGAAUGGAGACGGUUUCGGCUGCCAAGGGCCUUAAGAUAAACGUCUGGAUAGCCUAUGCUUUGAAUGGAAAUGUGUCCAUCUGUCGAAAUCCUUCAGAGAAAAGUUUGGAUAGCUUAUACUUGGAAUGAGAACGUUCAGAUAGUUUAUAAUAUUUAGAAUGGAAUUGUUCUCGUGUAAUCAGUACCGUCAGUGAAAAUGUGAAAUAAACGUUUGCUUAGAUGACAAAA